AUGCCUAGCACCUACGUUGGACGUCUCCCUCAGGGAGUCACCAAGGCCGACCUUGAGGACCACUUCAAGACCAUCGGUCGUGUCGUCGACAUCCGCCUCAUGGCCAACUUUGGCUUCGUCGAGUUUGAGACUGCCGAGGAUGUUGAGGCCGCCUGCCGCGAGCUUGAUGGCAAGACUCUGAUGGGCGAGAGGCUGAUUGUCGAGCCUUCCAAGGAAGUUCGCAAGCGCGACUUUUACGAUGGCGCGCGUCCCCCUCCUCGUGGCCCUCCCCGUGGCCGCGGCAUCCGCAUCAACGUGAUCGGCAUCUCCAACACCACCAGCUGGCAGGACCUCAAGGACUUUGGCCGUAACGGAAACGAGUCGGUCACCUACGCCGAUGUUGACCGAUUCACGGGCCACGGUGUCAUCGAGUACCCUACCAUGGUUGAUGCCGAGGACGCUAUCCGCCGCCUCGAGGGUGUCGAGAUUCAAGGUGUUCCCGUCAAGCUUGAGAUUGUCCAGGAUGCCGGUGGUGGUGGCCGUGACAGCUACGACCGCCCUCCCCCCCGCGACUACGGACGUGACCGUGGAUAUGGCCGCGAGCGUUACGACGACAGGGGCCCUAGGUUCGACGACAGGCCUCCUCGUUUCGAUGACAGGCCUCCUCGUUUCGAUGACAGGCCGCCUAGGUUUGACGACCGCGGAGGCCGCUUCGACAGGCGCGGCGAUGACAGGCGCGGUGAUGACAGGCGUGACCGCUACGACGAGAGGGACCGCUACGAGGAGCGCCGUUACCGGGAGGAGCCGCCGCGCGACUCGCGCGACCGUUAUGAGAACCGUGCUCCUCGUGAGGACCGCCCCCCUCGCCAGGAUGAGCGUGUCCCUCACCAAGAUGAGCGUGCCCCUCACCAGGAGGAGCGUGUCCCUCGCCAGGAAGAGCGCUCGUACUCGCGCGAGCGUUCGCCCCCUCGUCGCGACUAA